AGCACCUCAUCGAUAGCAGGUAACCAAUACGAUGCUUCAACCGUUCCCGCCGGUGUACAAACCUCUCACCACUCAUCCAAUGUGACAUUUCAACCCGUUUCUGCCAACAUAAGUCACGGGAAUAUGCAGUUCAUGUCAAACGGCUCGAUCAUGCCAAGAAAAAUUAUUGAUUUACCAGAUUUCAGUGGAAGGGCUGAAGACUGGCCUAUAUUCCACACAGCCUUUGUGGAGUCAACUGCAGCUUACGGCUACAGCAACUUCGAAAAUAACCAGAGGCUACGGAAGUGUUUAAAAGGCGAGGCGCGUGAAGUGGUGAAAUCUCUGCUGAUUCACCCCAGCAAUAUCAGCUGCAUCAUCGAACAGUUGCAAUUCAGAUUUGGUCGGCCGGAGCAACUUAUACGCAGUCAGCUGGCCCAAGUACGUGAGAUCGGCCCUAUAUCCGAAAAUGCAGUCGGGAAACUGAUUCCGUUUGCCACGAAGGUGAGGAACAUUUGUGCUUUCCUUCAGUCUGCCAAUGGUGAACAUCAGCUUUCUAAUCCGACACUCCUCGAUGAGCUAACUUCCAAACUACCAACAAGCAAGCGAGUCGAGUGGGCUAUGGUUGCUGCUAAAGUACAGCCUCGGGCUACAGUGAUGCACUUCAGUGAAUGGCUAAAUUCACUUGCCAACGUGAUCUGUACCAUUUAUGAUGAAGAGCCCGGACGUGAUUCGAAGCGCCGAGUAGUCCUGCACGUCGACAAAAAACAACAGAUACGAAGGUGCCCAAUAUGCCAGGGCGCCCACAAAGCGUUUGAGUGCAAAUGCUUUAUUGAUGCAACAGUGGCAGACCGAUGGAGGGAGGCCAAAUCACGACGCUUAUGCUUCGCGUGCCUUCACGCUGGUCACGCUACACGAGAUUGCCAUCGACGAAAACAAUGCGCUAUCAAUGGAUGCCCCAGAAUGCACCAUAAACUGCUACACGAGGCCUCCAACAACAACACGCAGCCAGCACCAUCUCCAAGUAACGCAAGGGACGCAGAAGCGCAGUCAGCGCAACGCCAACAACACGAUAGCAGCCACUCGUCAACUCAACGAGUACUCCAACGCCAGCCUGCGAACGACGCAGAAGCCGCUGUCCUCAGCUGCUCCGCUGACGCAUGUGAAGGAAGACUUCUCUUUCGUAUUCUUCCAGUCACUUUGCAUGGAAGAAACAAGCGCGUCGAUACAUAUGCACUGCUGGACGAAGGUUCCUCAGUUACGAUGCUAGAUGAGGCACUCGCCCAAGAGCUGGGUCUGCAUGGGAAACAACAGCGCCUCAGCAUACAAUGGGUUGGUGGACGGUCAGCCCAAGAGCCUUCAGUUGUGGUGGACUUAUUUAUAAAUGGCCGUGGUAUGGAUAAAAAGCACAAGCUUCGGAACGUAUAUGCGGUGUCGAACCUACAGUUACCCUCGCAAAGCUUAUCCAGAGCUGACUUGCACAGCGACGAAAAGUACUUGCGUCAGUUGCCGGUUCAGCCAUACACCGGGGUGAUGCCAAAACUUCUAAUCGGCCUCGACCACUGCCACUUAGGUUUGCCAUCAACUACGUUGAGGAUGAGGGCAAAUGGUCCGUUUGCCGCCAACACUGAACUGGGCUGGGUGGUGUUUGGGCCAACCAGCAAAAGCCUGUCAGCAAAGCCUUCGUGCCUACUAGUCAAUAACGUGACGGAUGAGUCGCUGCAUGAGCUGGUUGAAAACUACUUCGCCGUUGAAAGUUUCGGGGUGCGGCCGUCACCGCCAAUCGAAAGCGCAUCAGACAUUCGCGCAAGGUCUAUUUUGAGUUCGGUCACACGCCGUGUUGGGGGCAGGUUUCAAACCGGUCUCAUCUGGAAGCGAGACGACGUCCAUCUGCCUAACAGCUACUCCAUGGCAUUAAGGAGAUUAGUGGGUGUCGAGAAGCGCAUGGAUCGAGACGCAAACUUCGAAGCAGCAUAUAAGGCAACGAUGGAGUCAUACAUCGAAAAGCGUUAUGCGCGUAAGCUUGAACCAGCGGAAGCAUCGAUGGUGACGUCUCGCACCUGGUACUUACCACAUUUCGCUGUGGUGAACCCUAACAAGCCAUCGAAGCUUCGAAUGGUGUUUGACGCCGCGGCCGAGGUCAACGGAGUUUCUUUGAACUCUAUGCUGCUAAAGGGUCCUCAAGAGUACCGGCCUCUGCCAUCGAUUCUCUUUCAUUUCCGCGAAGGAGCAGUUGGCGUAUCGGGUGACAUUAAGGAAAUGUUUCACCAGUUGGUGAUGCAGCCUGAAGACAGAUGCGCCCAGCGGUUUCUCUGGCGCGACGGUGACUCUCGAAGACAACCCAACGUGUACGAGAUGUGCGUCAUGACGUUUGGUGCCGUUUGCUCGCCAUGCGCAGCGCACUACGUCAAGACGCGAAACGCACUUGAACAUCGCCAUAACUCCACAAGCCGAGCAAUAAAAGCAAUUCUGGACUACCACUACGUGGAUGACUUCGUGGAUAGCUUCGACACCUUUGAGGAAGCUAUCUCCAUCGCUCAAGAAGUUCGAGCUAUCCACCUGGACGCCGGAUUUGAGCUCCGGAAUUUCACCUCCAAUUCGCCAGAGGUACUUGCGGCUUUGGGUGGCGCUGCAUCUACCAAACCGAUUUCAAGCAAAGAGGGCCUGGUGACUGAGAAGGUACUCGGUCUUUACUGGCAGCCGUCAACAGACAAGUUCAAAUUUAACUUGCAAUUUAACAAAGUCGACCCAGAGGUAAUGACCGGUACUAAGCGCCCAACCAAACGGGAACUCCUUAGCGUGGUCAUGUCGGUUUUCGACCCGCUAGGUUUUCUAAGCCACUUCGUUAUCGGCGCUAAAUUGCUUAUGAGAGAGGUGUGGAAACAGAAUACGCGCUGGGAUGAACCACUGCCCGACAACGCUGUAACUGUGUGGGAACGAUGGCGUAGUCAAUUGCCAGCCGUCACCGAGUACGCCGUUCCCAGAUUCUACUUCGGCAAUGGUAAGCUACAAAAUUUACAGCUCCACAUCUUUGUUGACGCCAGCGAAGACGCCUUUGCCGCCGUCGCUUACUGGAGAGCGACCAACUGCCAGAACGAGGUGAGUGCCAGCUUCGUCUGCGCGAAAACUAAGUGCGCUCCUCUGAAACCGCUCACGGUACCGCGGCUAGAACUGCAAGCAGCCGUCUUGGGGGCCCGCCUAAUGCAGACGAUUCGUGAAGAACACUCCGUCGUCAUAAAUGACUGCCAUCUUUGGACCGACUCGACAACGGUGAUGAAGUGGAUCCGCAGUGAGCACCGACGGUACAAGCCGUUUGUGCAGCACCGCGUGGCUGAAAUAUUGGCCGCCACAAACGCCUCGAACUGGAGGUGGAUACCUACUGCAGAGAACGUAGCCGACGAAGCCACGCGUUUCAGCAGUGAAGCUGACUUCACCCCAACUGGCCGCUGGAGUCAGGGACCGACUUUUCUAUGCCGAGAAGAAGGGUACUGGCCUAAUGAUGCAAUCUUCGCCACUCAUCAUGACGUACACGACGAGGAGCUCCGACCUAAAUACGCCAUGGUCAUCGUAAGUAAUAAUUUCAUAGAUUUCACACGCUUUUCCACAUUCAACAGACUGGUGCGGACGACCGCUUGGGUUCUCCUUUUUAUCGGUCUUUGCCGCCAUCGCACCUCAGCCGAGCGUCGCUAUGGGCUGACAGCAGUUGACGUCGAAGCAGCGAAAUUACUUNAGCUUGG